AUGAUCCGAAUCAACAACACCCAAUACUUCCACUUCCUGCAGCAGGCCGAUGCCUUGCGGCGCUCAGGGUCCCUCUGCGACGCCAUCAUCACAGUAAAGAGUCAAACGUUCAGGGCUCAUCGGCUGGUUCUGGCUUGUGCCAGCAGAAGACUAGCGCAGCAGCUCGCCCAGGCGGACGUCGACAGCCCAGUCCACUGCACUCUGGAGCAUUUCUCACCACGCACCUUCCAGCAAAUUCUGGACUUCACCUACACACAGACUCUUGAUGUGUUUGUGGAUGACCUGCACUCGCUGUUGAAAGCUGCUCAGCUGUUAGAGAUGCCGCAACUGGAGGACCAGUGUCGGAAGCAGCUGGGAAAUCUCGACGACAGAGCCAGAGAGGGUGUAAAACGAAAAGAAAUCACAUGUUUCAGAGAAGAAGAAGAAAAAGAAAGUGCAAAAGAGAAUGAUCAUAAGCAAAAAGGGAGUCCAGUUCAAGAGGAGAGACUUCGAGUGACUUCUUCCCCAGUGGAGGAGGCGAGCGACUGCAUCGUCCUGGAAACACUCUCAACCUCUGAUGCUGCCAGGAACCGCAGCAGCAGCCCGCCAUCCCCAAGAAAGAUACCCAAACUCUCCCCCGUGUCAGCAACGCCCGACAACAGAGACAGUGUGAGCGGCCGGCCUGCCGGCAGCAGUUCCUGUUUCUCUUCCCCCUGGACCUUUCCUUCAAGCAUGUGGAGUUCCCUGGCCACCCUCAGGCGGAUAGCAGGGAACUAUCCAAGCUUAAUGGCUGCUCACCCCCUUCAGUCCCCAAACCAGUCCACUGUAGCAUACCCAUUCAUCUCUACCCCCCUCAUGUUCCCAUUACUCGGCUCUCAUUUUCAAACCCCUGUUCAAAGCUCUAAUAUGGGUUUGGGCUUUUCUCCACACUAUGCACAAAACCUUUACGCUGGGUCGACAGGUACAGGGAGCGGAAUCAAGCAAGGCCAGUUGAAAAGAGGAAAAAACAGCAAGAGAGCAUCUACUGGGACCUUUCCAGCUGGUGAACUGAGUAACCAUGAGGUACCCAAAGCCAACAGAGACAGAGUGAGUCCAAGCUUCCUCGGUGCUUCAGUGCUGCGGGAGUCAGCCUCCACACCACCAGGUGAGGCCUGUGCAGGGUGUAGAAGAGAUGUGCUGCAGCGUGAACCACAAGAACACGGAGGGGGGAAACCCUACCAGUGCCACCACUGUCCCAAGAAGUUUAGUCUCAAACAUCAACUGGACACACACCACAGAGUUCACACCGGAGAGAAACCCUUUGAGUGUCGUCUCUGUGGUCAGCGCUCACGAGACUACUCGGCCAUGAUCAAGCACCUGCGGACCCACGGCGGGGCCACGCCCUACCAGUGCACAGUGUGCCUGGAGUUCUGCAAUAGCCUGGUCGCUAUGCAGAGACACGUCAAGAGCCACGCAGGACAGGACUUCCCUCCCGAUUGGAACAUCAACAGCACCUACCUGUACAACUCACACACCUGAGGCUCACAACACAGACCCCACCGUAUACGUAAAGUUGGC